AUGGUAUCUUUUGAUGUCACGUCCCUCUUUACUUCUAUCACCCAGGAUUCGGCAAUCGAGACCGUCGAGCUACUCCUACGAAGCAAAUACAAUGAAACGACGAAUCGUCUCGGACAUGCCCAAGUCCUUCAGUUCCUAAAGUUCUGUGUCAGGGCAUACUUCACGUUUGACGGAACAAUGUACGAGCAAGUGAAGGGAACACCAAUGGGCUCGCCGAUUUCGGGAUUCAUCGCCGAGGCGGUCCUAAAGCGGUUGGAGUCGCUGGCCUUCCAACACCACACACUGAAAUUCUGGGCUCGGUAUGUGGACGAUACCUUCGUCGUCAUCGAACGGUAUCAGGUGCUAACGUUCAAAGAACAUCUCAGCAGCGUUUUCCCGGACGUACAAUUUACGAUGGAGGAAGAAGAAAAUAGCCAGCUGGCAUGCCCUGAUGUCCUCUUCAGCCGCACAGAUUGUGGUGGCCUAAAGACCAAAUUGUUAAGGAAAGCGACGAACACGACGCAAAUACUGAACUUCAACAGUAACCACCCAAUCAGCCACAAAGGCAGUUUCGUAAGAAAGCUAUAUCGGCGUGUUGAGACACACUGCAGUGAACCGGAAGACAAGGUUGCCGAAUCCCAAUAUCUUCGACGGGUUUUCGGAGAAAAUGGUUACCCGCGCAACUUCGUCAACCGGUGUAUGCGCAAACGAAACGAGAGACAGAACCGUGCCGACCCCAAAUUCUGGCGAGCGAUCCCGUACAUCAAGAACGUCUCCGAGGCCGUUAGCCGCCUUCUUGCACCACUUGGGGUUGGAGGUGCACACAGACCGGAGGCCACCAUGAGGCGUCAGGUGAUGAGACCAAAAGACCGACUGCCACGGCAAGAAACAUCUGGAGUCGUUUACCGGAUCUGGUGCAGUUGCGGACAAAGCAACUAAGCCGGACAAACUGGAAGAUUGCUCCGAACGCGAAUUGACGAACACGCUGCAGCGGUACGGAGAAAUGACGCCAACUCUCAGGUCGCGGUCCAUUUGACGAGACCCGGCCACACAUUCAAGUUCGAUGGGGCCGAAAUUCUCGCGAGAGGGGAUAAUCGCGUGAGCCGCGAGUUGCUUGAGUCAUGGUUAACGGGACGUCAGUCUAUCAACAAGUGCAACGUCAUCCCCACUCCAUAUUCCUUGCUGAGGCAUAGACUGGCCAAAGCAAUUGACCACUCGAGGAGCGCGCUAGCACGUGAGCCAGAUGGCCGAGCAAUCAUCUCGCCAGCAUCCAACACGGGUGAUGAGAUGUCAGCAAUUAACAACUUGCAUGCCGGCCACCAAGCCAUUAGCGCACCGGGGGGCAGCCUUCUAUGAUGAAGGGGAGCGCGGUUAAUUGCUAGAGGUAUGCGGUAGCAUAGCGACUGCAUCCUAUAAAUACUGCGAUUUCCUGUGCACGAGUCACCCUUUUCUACCACUGUCUCUGAUGAUGGAUUCAAGUGAGAAUCCGAAACGUCAGGCGAAUAAAACCCUUAUUCCAGCGAUCGCUUCUUCUUCUACCCUAAUUUUUGUUCUCAUAGACUCCAACACAACAUUAAACAGACAUGUCUGAGGAUUCCUAAUUAAUAAAUGAUUUCAUACCCUGUAGAUUACAAAUGUAACACACAUUACGAGCCUUCGUGGAGCCUACCGAGUUUUAAAGGAGAAAGCGAACGCGCGACCACCGGGACAAUACAUUCAUUAGGCCCAACCCUUGUUCUCGUACAGUAGACCAUCUUCAGAGGCUUCGAAAUGCAGCACUGAAAGAGAAGUUUUCAUAGCGGAACACAAACGGAGGGGAUAGGCGUAAAGGGUGAUGGUGUUGGUGUUCUAUACUACUGGCUGCAUGUUGGCGGUUUGUGAAUAUUAAGCGGUUAUUCCGCAGUAGCUGAUGGACUUCAGCUCACAUAUUCAUAUCAGACUUUGGACCGUGCCUGGAAAGGCCCGUUUCGAAAGAUUUACUCCAAGUUCUCGCAUUAAUUUCCUCGGAAAUUAAACAAGGUGAUUAUGUUCUCGAUGAGGCUGAGGUCACGGCUUCGGGCGGUGUACAUUCUUGUCUGGGUAUUGGGUCGAAUGUCGUGGCCACGAGAACGAAGCGCGUGGUAGCAUGUUGACAGAUCAACGUGUAUGAUGAUAGAGUUGGUUUCGGAUACUCAGACCUCCAGCAGUCCUCGCGUCGUCGUUUUGCUGCCUUGCCUACUAUCCGCGUGCUCGCGAAGUUGAAUUCGAGGCCUUCUUCCAGGGUGUUGGUAGACAUCUUAGACAGUGUGUCGUCCCUCCGGACUGUCCGUUUGUGCUCUCUUCUUCCCCUUUGAAAUGAAUGUCGGGGAAACUGCGGUAUCACAGUGCUGCGUCUGAGUUGGUCCAGGAUUCCGUUUAGCUGACCGAGUAUCGAUUUGGCUUGUAAGCAAGGUGUGGGUUAGUGAGAGGGCUUCUGCCUUCCCGCUGUAAUCGACGCAGUACACCAGGACAGUGGUUCUUCUCUAGUCAACCGGCAGCACUAUCAUAUCCUUGUCCAAACGUUAUUCCUUCACUGCUUCUUUUUUCACGGGCGAAAUAUUAUUGGUGGACCUAUUCGUCACUGGUAUUGAGAUGGCUUCCUCGCUCAAGGUGUGUUUUAACUCAUCGGUUGCGUUGUUAGACGUAGGUGGCAGUCACUGAUCGACACCCUUGUUAUUUGCUUGUGAAAACGCUUCGCAACCCUCACUGGUGUUUUGUAAGCUACGCCGAAUCCUCGUGGCGUUGAAACCCUAUAAUUUCACCAGACGUUGGCUUACUGUUUUUAAAUAACUCAGAGUAAAUAGAGAGCUAGCCUGAAGACAGUACUCACAAACUGUUUGUCACUUUAAGCGGAUAUGCUCGAUGACUACUGAAUGUCAUUGAUGUUUGACGAGAAUGUUAGCUCGCAAUUCGAGCAUAAUAUGCAGACAUCAAAUCAUACAUUCGCCCAAAAUGUCCAAAACUAGAAAUUUGGAAGGGCGCAAACGACGUACUUCCCGUCUAUCUGGCACGCAUUUUUAGAAUAAAAGGCAUUAUGCAUUUGAGAUAACCCUAAUGGACCAAUCGCAAUAAGCGUCUUCAACAGAACAGUCAGCGCCUGGUUCAUGGAUUGAGCGUUCGACUCAAUGACUGACGAUCCUGCCUUGGAAUCUCAGGUGGUCCACACCGGAGAUUUGAUAUGGCUGGCUUACAACAGUUAAUGAGCUCGAAAUGGUCAUUGCAGUCUCCCUUGUCUUUGUCGGAAAUGACGUUCUGCAUAUGUGUACAUAUAUAUUUACAUCGGCUCCUGAAUCCCACUUACUGGUCUAGGGAUGUGCAACUAACAACAUCAGCAAUCCACAGAACCGGGGUGGUCUUUUCAUUGUGUCAACAGUCGGACUGCGGGCGCAUCCACGGCAGACAAUUAUGUAACAGUUGUUAUCCAUAAACAGAAGGAGAUUUAAUCGCUAGAACAAGAAGUUUAUUGGCCUGACUUUUCGGAUUCUCACUCGAACCCAUUAUUUGCAGCAGUCUCUGAUGAUGGGUUCGUGUAAGAAUUCGAAAUAUCAGGCCAAUAAACAUCUUGGUCCAGUGAUAUCAUCAUCAUCACCUUCUUCUUCUUAUAGGGUACUGCCUCCUUCAACUCAGAUGUUCCCUCCAUCGGCAGUCUCCAUCCAUCCCUGAAUUCUGGAAGUGUCCGCCUCAACGGGGUCUGAUUUGUUUGCUUUCUGUUCAACUUGAUCUUCAUAUUUGUUUCGUCGAACGCUCAGAUCAUUCUUUAUUUAUUUGGACAGUAGGACUUAUGACCAAAUACAGUAUAAUUGUUAGGGAAAAGAGCGAUUAUCACACGACACCAGGCGACACAAAUCUUGGAAAAGUGGAAUAAAGCGUAUAGGGAAGCAACUCAGAUGAAGACAGAGACUAAGGAUAUCUGAAGUACAGGUCAAGGCUGCGCAGUUCUGUAACCACAGACUGCUUUCAGAUGCUGUUUGACUGCCAACGGUGCUAAAUAUGACAAGACACUGGGUGUUUGCAUACAGUAUUCGGCCACUAGGAUUUGACAUCAAUCACCUCUCAUAGAUGUUUGAUGCCCUUAAAAAUUCAAUUAUAUUUCAUGGAAACAUGCACAAACAUUUUGCUCAUUUAGUAAAACAUUAUGUGUUCUGGCAACUGUUUACUCGAAAGAAGGGUAGAAUUCGGUUUUCAAAAACUUUUUCAAUUCAGUAAUAACUGAAUACGACGUGCCGGUACACUUCCAUCCAGGGUUUCCAACCCUCAAGCUGUAUAUUUUCCGCGUAUGUAAAACCAUACAUGUCGCUACGGUAUUGAGAGGAGACCAUAUGGGGUUCAUAAAAUUUAGCAGUGUAUUAGAGACAUAUUGUUAGCUUUAAAAGCCACAUUGGCAAAUGCAGAGACAUAACGCUUUAUAAACAGCAAUUUCAUGGUAGUAAAAAUCCCACAAUUAGAAACUUUUUGAAAACCAACUUAAACCCUUUCUUAGACUAUAAAUUUAGAAGGAGACGUAAAUUGCUACCGAAUGAGUAAAUGAAUAAAUACGCUUGUUCAUUUUUUUAUAAAAUAUAAUUUGAAUGUUUAAGGGCAUCCUAAAAGCCAUGAGAAAAAUGCAUGAUAUAUAUGCAGUCAUUUUUUACAGCUGGAAAGAAGUUUGUUCAAAUGUAUUAUUAUAGCGCUAUGCUGCAUGACGAUUUGUUUUACAUCACUAUUUAAUUAAUCUUUUCAAAAUGAAAACUCAUUUCGGAAUUUUGGUUGGCAUUUCAUAAUUUAGCCCACCUACUGUAUAUUAUGACAGAUGAACACUCAUCGAUCAGGGAAUAGAGCGAUUAUCAGUGGUCCUCAGUUGAGCGUGACUUUGAAUAAACUGAAUUAAUUGCCAAUAAUAUAGACUCAGGUAACGGCAGUCUGAAGGCUGAGGACACCUGAAAAACAGCUUGAGACCUCGCGGCUAUACAACUACAGACAGCUUUCUGAUGCUUUUUGACUGCAAACGGUUUUAAGCCUGAGAAGACACUGGGAUAUUGGCAUAUAGUCAGUGGUAUAAUCUAACAGAAUUUGGCAUCGAUCACCUUUGACGGAUUAUUACAACGGGAGUAGCAUGUAAAUCGCCGAUCAUAUUUGGAAGCGCUCAGUCUGCAAAUGCUGAUACAUGUGGUGUGUCGUUAGAAUACUGUCCACUUCGAUUCCUUGGACAAAGAGCUCAAAACACAUAUCAGCUAGACUAUUCUCCCCUGGUGUAAUUUAAUCUACGCCUCACUCACCGUUUAUUGACGUUUUCCACAAUGAUAUUGGAACGUAAAAUAAAAUCCAAACGCCUCGACAGCCGUAGAGGAAAGAUCAUUGAUAAUUGAAUACCGACGAGGAAAAGGGGGAAGCGAAUAGUCAUAAUCAACCGUCAUCAGUAUGUCAAACCGGAACUCAGGUGUGAGAUUAGAAACAGGGGUCCGUAGUCGUUGAGCGUAACAGUCGGCCACUGAGCUACGUCUAUGUCGUCCUCAAAAUAAGACACUGUGAGUAAGAGGCUGAGGCUGCAGAGUCAGUCCAUAGGAAUACCUAAGCCCUCCCAGUAUUCAAGAACGUGGUGAAAUUCUCAAUUUGACAAGGCCAUCCUUGUACAUUGGGCUAAUCUUGACCAUCAUACGGAACUCGAAGUUCGCCUCAAGUUCUAUAUCCAAAAGCGCAAAAAAUGAAGUCUACUAUCAGCGACUGAGUGACCGAAAUCGUCAUAGAUGAGUUGGUUCUGUACGCACAAACGUAUGCUGAAUGGGCGUUGCAUUAAUAACAGCCAUAAACCAAGUAAUCUGGUGAAUGCCUUCAGCAUUCCACAUCUUGGUCCAAGUAAUCUCCGCUGCAGCCCUAUCCUCAUGCACAAUGUCCAUACUUUGCUAAAUGGACAAUUCUGAUUGCAUAUAAGUAUCCACAUAGAUUACCCACCCCUGGGGCAGAGUUUAACUGAAUCCCCAGUCAGGGGCUUCUCCGACCCAUGAACUACGAUAAGGCAGUAAGCGGUCAUUCAGUUGUGGCAACUUCAUGUGCGUUUACGGUGCAUACCAGUGCAUUCGAUAAAGGAUGGUUUUAUGCCUUAAGUUGGGUCUCAUUAAUCUGGAUGUCGCGCAUGCGGCGGUAAGUAUCAUACCCUAAGCUUCCUUUGAAAACCAAAAUGUGACAACUGUUUAGCAGACGAUUACUAUAUUAUUGAUCAUUAAUUUAUUUGCUUCAGAGAAUAUCUGAGCUCACGGAGUAAACGGGUGCGGCCAGUGGGUUUUUGAAUUUGAGCCGCCAUUUUUGUAGCUCUCAAUUCGGGUGUGGAUUUUUAUUAAUUGUACAUCACUGUGCCUAUUUCCCUUCGAUAUAUUGGACUGCUCUGUAUCGCUUGUUUGUCAUAACCAAGAUUAUGAGGUCGUCUCUACAGUACGCUAACACUCUUUUGAGGGGAAAUAAAUCGUCAAUUUCACUAACGAAUGUCCAUGAUGCAAACUGGUGCACUUUUCGGCCAAUAUGUCGUAUUUGCGAUCGUUCUGUAUUAAAUUUAUCACAUUUGCAUCAACAACGGCCUAUGCAUCGGAAAAAACACCUCUGUGGCUGGCAACUCGCAAACGUCAGCCAAAGUACAAAUUGUUUAUUCCUGUUGUCUUGUCGACAAAUUGCCGUUCUAUUUUCAGCAAAGCCCACAAUUUGUAGCUACUUUUGUCGAAAAAAGAAGGCAGCAGAACUGAUGGGGUUAGCCUCCAAAAGACAAGGUUAAAUGGUGACAUUGAUUCGCAACUUAUUACACCUCCAUAUUUCAUCUGCUUUCCAACGGAUAGAACAUCUUUAGCUUGUGGCAGAGGUGGAGGCGUUGCCAUUAUUGUUUAUCAAAAUUGGUGUAGAGACUGUAAGUCCCUAUUUUCUUAUUCUGCUGAUUUGAUAGAUGCCAUCGAUGUUCUAUGUAUGCCUCGUAAAUUAAGUAAUUUUAAAGCCAUUGUGAUUAUUAGUAUUUAAAUUCUCCCCUCUUUCUGUGAAGGUGCACUAACCCGUUUCUGUUGAAUUUCUUUCAUAAAAAACUUGCUAUAUUAUCCUGCAUAUAUCUUAUUAUCUUAUGCGGUGAUUUUAAUCGCGUAAAUUUACGUCCCCUCACAUUUUUAGGAUGCGAUGAUCUUGUCCCAUUUAAUACUCGCGCAGAUGCCCCUCUUGAUAAUUUACUGACAAAAAACAGCAAGGAUUUUGCAGUAAAAAUAGGGCUUCAUUGUCAGAUUCUAAUCAUUCCACUUUAUUGUGUCUUCCAAAAAUCUAUUACGCUUUUAAACUUGCACUGCUAGCCAAGCCUGAGUAAAAGUUCAGUUUCGCAACACAUCCACACAAAACCUUCUCCUGCUUCAGUCUAACAUUUCCUAUACUAUCCCCACUUUCCUUGAACAAUUGAAUGUCGAAUCCUGUUCUUCCAACCUAACAGCGUUUUAAAUAAAAUUUGUGAUAUUUGUUGCACUCUUGAUACUGUAAUGGGACGACCAGAUAUAAUUUCUUCCACUAUCUGAAAUAGUUUAGACGUAAAAAGUACUACUUUACAAGCUAGGCUUACGUGACAGCCUUAAGGAUGUUAUCGUCUUAAUAAAGACGGAGAUUGACAGGCUAAAUAACCUGCUCGUUGGUCAGCUUUUUACCUCUUCUUCCUCCCCCCCUUUUCCCACUUCCUCUGCUGAUAUUUGGAAGAACCUUGAGCGUCUCUUUGGCCAUCGCAACAUACUGGUAUAUGUGGAUGUUGAUUUAGACCCCUUCAAGGAAAAUUUUAUAUUUUGUCCCAAUGACUUAAAUCUUCCUUCAGAUGACAUUUCCCUAUCACCAUGUGCCUUCCAACCCGUGUCUGUGGCAACAAAGGAGAAACACCUUAAAAAGUUUCGUUGAUCAACAGCUGCCGGACCGGAUGGUGUCUAGGCCUUUUCUUCUUAAUUCUUCUAGUUCUCAUAUAGUCUCUAUUUUGACGCACCUAAUUAAUACGUCUUUCAUAGAGUGCAACAUUUUCCGACGCCUGACGUACAGUGAAAAUCCCUCCCAUCCCUAAAAAACCCGCUAAUUGUGGUCCUAAAUCUUUUUGUACAAUUGCCUGCUCCUCCGCACUACUAAAACUUGCUGAAAGAGUUGCCCUAAAUAUUAUAAAGCCUUUUUUCCGGGUUUUUCGACCAUUUACAAUUUGCAUACAAAGCCAAACGCAGUACUUUGGAUGUUGUUGCUCUUGUGGUCCACUCUGCUCUAAAAGAAUUAGACUAGGGUUGCCGCGAGUACGCAUGCACUUUUCUUGACUACUCCUCCGCCUUUAAUACAGUCCCGCGCCCUCUUCUCCUUACCAAAACAUCUGCGUGUGGCUCUCCAGGCUGGGUCGUCUCUUGGCUUAGCGAUUAUUUUACUUCCCGCAAUCCAUUUGUCCAAUCUGGCAACCGGCAAUCUACGAUCCUUCCCAAUGACUGUGGUAUUCUUCAAGGUUCCAUUCUAUACCCUCACUUAUUCUCUCUCCACACCGACGAUCUAAGGUUUCCUAAUGACUAUCUUUUGGUUACGUAUGCUGAUGAUGUGGUUGUUGGACACCCCCACAAAAGUCAAACACACCUCCAGUCUCUAAAGAAUGGCCUAAACCAUGUCCUAGUAUGGUCGGGGAAAAAUUGUCACCUGCUGAACAACCAAAAAUCAGUUUAGUGUAUUUUCCGAUUGCGGUACUCUCCUAGUCCUGAACCCUCUGACAUCCUUCCUAACGAGGUUUCUUCUUUCAAAUAUCUCGGCGUUAUUUUGUCCUGGAAUCUUUCAUUUUCCCUCCAUAUUGAGUCCUUUUUUACUUAAGUCUGUAAACUUCUUUAUUACAUACGUCGUUUACGUUCCUACCACACACCUCAACUCCUAGUCUGGCGAUUCAUCGAUGCCUUCAUUCUUUCUCUUAUCCUAUACUGCUCUCCUGUCAUUUUUUCUGCAUUGCUUAAAAAAUAUUUUUUAAUUUUGAAACGAGUCCUUUGCAUGUUCUCUUCUGCCGCUGGUGUUUCUUAUCUUUUUUAGUCGACACUAUCUUACAACGACAUUUAAAUACGGUCAAGCAAUUAUAGAUGACGUUGCCCAUACCUCGCAUUCUGAUCUUGUUUCUGCGAAGUCUUCCUCCCCGAUGCGCCGCAGCUUCUGACUUACGUCUUGUAUUGCCAUUCUUGGCGCGCUAUCUUACGUGCAAAGAAAUAGAAGUACAUAAGCAAAGACUUGAACUAUCCUCAUCAUAUUUGUUUCUUUUGUGUUACACUUUGACUCUUGAUUAAUCUAUUAACUUAAUUUUUCCCAUAGUGAAUGGUGUAAAUUGUUUGCUGAAAAUUUUGAAUUUAUAAUUUCAAAAUAAAGCAACCUCCUCUCUCUCAGGUGGCAACUGUGACACUACCUGAACUUCAUGCACGCAUGUGGUGAAGGGUCCUAAUGCUGAAGGUACGCAUUUUCAUCCACGACUCACUCUCAGCGCCCAUUCUUUCCUAACUAGAUGAUACUGACUGUAUACGACUAUCAUAACAGAGUACCCACUUCUAGGACAAAGCCUAAGACGAGUCCUUAUGUUGCAGCAGUCAGGGGUCUCUCCAGCCAAUAAGUUACGGCAAAACAGUAAGUGGUCAUGCAAUUGUGGAAGCUUCAUGCGAGUUUACGGCGCGUACCAGAGCGUUCGAUGAAGAAUAGUUCUCAUUUCUCUAGUUGGGUCACCUGAAUCCGGAUAUCCUGAAUGCAGCAGUAAGUAUCACACCCUAAGCUCGCUCCGCGAACCAAAAUGCGACAAAUAGUGAGCAGAUGGAUUCUAGGUUAACUGCCUCUAAUUGAUCUGCUUUUGAGAUUAUGUGAGCUCACGGAGUAAACAUGCGCACUCCAUUUGACCUGAAGCCACUCAAAACGCCCUUCGUGGCGAUGUUGGCGCAACCUGCACUCGACGCCCGCACGUGGUGCACGUUCCUGAUUUUGGAAAUGUGUGUGCAUAUAUAAAGCCAUUUAGACGCAACAGGCCCCCAGACAGCUCAUAUUUAAUAUCAAGUGAGAUAUUGCCCUAUAGUAUUCAUCUAUGGAAGCCCAUAAUUUUUUAACUUUAAUAGUUCUCUUCACCAUGCAAUAUGCGCAUACGUUUGUUUUAGUGUCAAUGUUCAGAGCCGUUAUCCUCCUUGCUCUUCUUGCAUCUGUGUUCGGUAUGUGCAGAAUUAAAAUUAGCUUUACGUCUUGCUUACCACACGGAGUUAUUGAAUAAACUUUGAUCUUUGUCGUAAGUACCUUGCGUUAUUUUCUAGGAACCGAGGACUUUGACACAGCGCCGAAUUCAAACUUUGUUAAUAUACAGCCUUUUCCACAAAGACCGCAGGUGCGUCCUAGUUGAAAUCACAUUUCUAGUAAAGGGUCUACUAGUGCAGGCAAUGACAUUUUUCUUUUAUUAUAGUCAAUUACCAUAGGGGGUCAGACUGUUCCAGAGGGCUCUCUAUCCAAUCCCUGUGAAGUCGGAAUUUCGUGUUGGCAACCGUUAACUGGUAGGCUAGUGCUAGUGCUGAUUACUGUAUGGAAACCGCCAGAGUUUAAUUAAGAUAUUAAUUUUCUCGUUGAAACAGACGGUUGCAUGAAACUCAUCACGUUCUAUCAAAUAUUAAUCAGAGUACUAUUCUUGUCUUUUAGACAAACAGUUUUCAUAUCUUUCGGCAAGACCAGUGAAUGGGACAGGCAUAAUUAUUCUAGUUCCAGCCGCCGGAAUUAGACUGUCCACUGCAGUGAUUGUCAGACACAUUGGUGAAAAUCUGCAGGGUACAUUUCACAUUUUUCUAAUUUGCCAACUCAAAUGCAAGGAGUAACACUGUCAAAUUAUUUAUGUGUGUUUUCAACAAUAUUAACAUUUCAGCAGUAAAAAUAUAAAAUUAAACAAUAAUUGAUACCAUGAGAGCCUGGCAUUUGUGUAUAUAGCCUGAUGCACCAUAAUCUUCUUCACAUUCAUUGGCUGGACAAACGGUGGAAAACUGUACCUGACUCAAAAGCAUUAUCCGCAACCGUAAACUGACAACUGACAUCCACUGACUUCACGAAUGGUGGACAAUUGAACCUGACUCAAAUGAAAUAGGCUAUGUUGAACUGACGACAAUAGCAAAGUCAGUAACGACCAUUUUCAUCUUGCUUGGUUUUCAUGCGUACAGCAGAUAUGCUGUCUCAUGAAAUAUCUACCAAUAAUCUGAAAGGCGUUUCCAGUUUGAAAGGAUUACUUAAGCAGUAUUGGGGCAUUUAUUAUCCUGCCGAAUAAUCCUUAAAUAUUCCAGUCACGCCACCAUUCCGGCUUUUAAUUGAGCUUCGUAAUGACCGCCCUCAUACAGUAUGGUCCGCUCAAAAGGGAACAUUUAGGCAAUAUGCAUUUUGUCUUAGAGUUUGAUGCCCUUAUGAAUUCAAAUGGAUUUCUGAAGAAGCCGUCACAAAAUUAUCUUUCUUUUUGCUCAUUUCUUUAAAUUGUUUGCUUAAAAAUUUUAUGUCCGGUUUCAAAAAAACAUUUUUAUCCCUGCAUGAUUUUAAACCCGACCUGCCGUUACAUUUGAAUUCAGGAUUUCCAAAGUGCCGGCUAUAUGCUCUCAUUGUAAGAGAAUAAUUAAUAUAGGUCCCGUAGACUUGUGUAAUUGACGUCGACUGUGUAGUUUAUUUUUAAUAUAAACACUAAGAAACGUGCUGGCUUGAUGGUGUAUGAUUGAAGAUUUUGCGGUUUCAAGAACGCAUCUAUUGUAAGUCAAAUUCGAAAAGAGCGCAAGUGUUCGUUAAAUAGAUUAGGUUAACUUAAUGAUUGCCAUUCUAAAUCCUGAAUACGACCGUAAAUCCAAAACUUAUAAUUUUUUAAAACUAAAAUAUAUUAAGCACUAUUAUCUAUGCAGCCCCAACCUUGCCAGUCGUCGUUGGAAAGAUCGUAAACCUUGACAUAAACACCACAGCAGAACGCGAAUUCAUUCUUCUUUACUCCGAGGACGUUAAGGUCUGUAAAGACUUUUUUAUGAAUUAACAUCUAAUUUCGGUAUUUCCAUUGGGUCGCUCAAUAUUUACACGGUCUGUUUUGCAUAUCUCGGGGUUUUAUAGGACACCAUUUUUGGAGGAAAUAUACACAAAUUUAAUGAAGCGGGACCGCCGAUUGGCAAAAAUGUAUUGCAUAUUCCAUACCGUAAGUGACGCUUGUAACCAUGCAAAAUAUUCAGUCAUAAAGGACGCUCUUUUUCAUGUAAUUUUAUCGCAUUACACGGGUGCGCAAGAAUUCAUCUUUUCGGCUAUUUGGUAAAUCGAACAGUGUGCGUUCUACCUCGGGUGAGUUUGGUUACCGAGAAUGCCGAAUUAGCCGAAUAUUUUGAGAGUAACAUUGAACAAAAGCACCGAACCAACCUUGGGAAAAUAGAAUGUAACAUGCCAACUAGGUUAGGAAAAAGUAUUUUAUUCACUUAAGCACAAACUAACCGCCAGUGCCAAGCUCAUGAGAGAAGUUAAUAUUUGUCCGCAAAUGCCUGGCAUGAUGUUUCUAAUUGAAACAUGUGGUUGAUACGUUCAUUUGCAUUUGCGGAUUGCAUUGUAAACUUGCUCAAUAAGGCAUAUAUUACGAAAUGUUUCUAUAGCAACAAUAAAUCGUAUUAUUUCUCACACUGACAGUUGACGAAACGGUCAAGGGACAUGUCUUUGCCCUACUUACGGGACACCUGGACAAUACAACUUUGGAAUACACAUUCAAACUUAACGCAAGUACCUCUGACCUGGUUAGGAUGGUGCCAGCUGAAGGACGGUAUCCACCGAGAGUCGUCCGUGUUUCCUUCAGCGGAGAGCCGCCUCUUCGCCUCUGCAAAAUCCUAAUAUUCGCCUACUCAGUAAUCUCGUUUUUGGCCGCCGUUUGA